GUUUCCGCGCAGAUAUCGCGAGGCGAUUGGUAGCCGGGGGAGGGCUGCGCCGUGGCCUCGCCUUUUCGGAGCGCGGGCGCGCGGUGGCGGGAAUUUCGCCUGUUUGCGGUUUGGACCCUAGAGAUUUCUGGUGGUGGUCUGGGUCACAGGAGGCAGGUUUCGGGAGCUGGAAGUGUGAGCAGGAAUCUCUUCACACCUUCUCUUUGGAGCCCUUAAUGAUAAGACGAACCCCAGACGUUUCAGAACAUGAAGUAAACAAUGGAGAACUGUUCUGCCGCAUCGACCUUCCUGACUGACAGCUUAGAGCUGGAGCUGGGGACGGAAUGGUGCAAACCUCCUUACUUUUCUUGUGCUGCUGACGACAGAGGAGGAGGAAAACGUUUUUCUGGAGAAUCCUACCUCUGCAGCGGAGCCCUUAAGCGAUUGGUUUUGAAUCUUGACCCUUUACCAACUAAUUUUGAAGAAGAUACCUUGGAAAUAUUUGGCAUUCAGUGGGUUACUGAAACAGCAUUAGUGAAUUCAUCUAGAGAACUCUUUCAUUUAUUCAGGCAACAACUGUACAACUUGGAAACCUUGUUACAGUCCAGUUGUGAUUUUGGGAAGGUAUCAACUCUACACUGCAAAGCAGACAAUAUUAGACAGCAGUGUGUACUAUUUCUCCAUUAUGUUAAAGUUUUCAUCUUCAGGUAUCUGAAAGUACAGAAUGCUGAGAGUCAUGUUCCUGUCCAUCCUUAUGAGGCUUUGGAGGCUCAGCUUCCCUCAGUGUUGAUUGAUGAGCUUCAUGGAUUACUCUUGUAUAUUGGACACCUAUCUGAACUUCCCAGUGUUAAUAUAGGAGCAUCUGUAAAUCAAAACCAGAUUAAGCUUUUUCCACCAUCAUGGCAUUUCUUACAUCUCCACUUGGAUAUACAUUGGCUGGUGUUAGAAAUUCUUUACAUGCUGGGUGAAAAAUUGAAACAAGUUGUAUAUGGUCAUCAGUUUAUGAAUCUGGCAAGUGACAAUUUAACCAAUGUCAGCCUAUUUGAUGAACAUUGUGAAACUCUCCUUUGUGAUUUAAUAAGCCUGUCACUCAACAGGUAUGACAAGGUUAGGCCUUCUGAAUCAUUAAUGAGUGACCAUUGUCCAUGUUUAUGCAUUAAAGAAUUAUGGGUUCUACUUAUUCAUCUUCUAGACCACAGAAGUAAAUGGUCUGUCUCAGAAUCAUUUUGGAACUGGUUGAAUAAACUACUUAAAACACUGCUUGAAAAAUCAAGUGACCGAAGAAGAUCUUAUAUGCCUAUAAUCCAGUCCAGGGAUCCAUUAGGUUUUAGUUGGUGGAUUAUUACUCAUGUAGCAUCAUUUUACAAGUUUGAUCGCCAUGGACUACCAGAUGAAAUGAGAAAAGUGGAAUCAAAUUGGAACUUUGUAGAAGAACUGCUGAAAAAGUCCAUCAGUGUUCAGGGUGUCAUUGUAGAAGAACAAUUACGAAUGUAUCUUCACUGUUGUUUGACACUUUGUGAUUUCUGGGAGCCAAACAUUGCAAUUGUUACCAUUUUAUGGGAAUAUUAUAGUAAGAACCUGAAUAGUUCCUUCAGUAUUUCUUGGCUUCCUUUUAAAGGCCUUGCUAAUACCAUGAAGUCACCCUUGUCUAUGCUUGAAAUGGUGAAGACUUGCUGUUGCGAUAAACAAGAUCAGGAACUGUAUAAAUCCAGCAGUAGUUACACUAUUUUUCUUUGCAUUCUGGCAAAAGUUGUUAAAAAAGCAAUGAAGAUCAAUGGCCCUCAUCCUUGGAAACAAGUUAAAGGAAGAAUAUAUUCAAAAUUCCAUCAAAAAAGAAUGGAAGAACUAACUGAAGUUGGUCUACAGAACUUUUUUAGCCUUUUUCUACUGUUAGCAGCUGUUGCAGAGGUAGAAGAUGUUGCAAGUCAUGUUUUAGACCUCCUGAAUUUCCUCAAGCCUGCUUUUGUAACGUCUCAGAGAGCCCUCAUUUGGAAGGGUCACAUGGCCUUCCUCUUGAUGUAUGCCCAGAAAAAUCUGGACAUUGGUGUUUUGGCUGAGAAAUUUUCAUGUGCUUUCCGGGAGAAAGCAAAGGAAUUCUUGGUGUCUAAGAAUGAGGAAAUGGUACAGAGACAGACUAUCUGGACACUUCUUUCCAUAUACAUUGAUGGUAUUCAAGAAGUGUUUGAGACCAGCUAUUGCUUGUAUCCUUCCCAUGAAAAACUGCUUAAUGAUGGAUUUAGUAUGCUUCUGCGAGCAUGCCGAGAAUCUGAACUUAGGACAGUAUUGAGCUUUCUACAAGCUGUUCUGGCCAGAAUCAGGAGUAUGCAUCAACAAUUGUGUCAGGAACUUCAAAGGGACAAUGUGGACCUAUUUGUACAGCCUUCAUUAUCAGCUAAAGAGCGCCACCUUGCUGCAGUUGCCAGUGCACUGUGGAAACAUUUCUUUUCAUUUUUGAAGAGUCAGAGAAUGUCACAGGUAGUGCCUUUCUCACAGCUUGUGGAUGCAGCUGCAGACUUUACUUUGCUAGCAAUGGACAUGCCAAGCACAGCUCCAUCAGAUUUUCAGCCUCAGCCAGUUAUAUCAAUUAUUCAACUUUUUGGUUGGGAUGAUAUCAUCUGCCCUGAAGUUGUAGCAAGAUAUUUAAGUCAUGUCCUACAAAAUAGCACAUUAUGUGAAGCACUUUCUCAUUCAGGCUAUGUAUCUUUUCAAGCCUUAACCGUAAGAUCAUGGAUUCGUUGUGUUUUGCAAAUGUAUAUUAAAAACCUCUCUGGGCCUGAUGAUUUGCUCAUAGAUAAAAAUCUUGAACAAGCAGUUGAAAAAGAGUACAUGAAACAGUUGGUCGAACUGACAAGGUUACUAUUUAAUCUCUCAGAAGUAAAGAGUAUUUUCUCAAAGGCCCAAGUUGAAUAUUUAUCCAUCUCAGAAGACCCUAAAAAAGCACUUGUUCGAUUCUUUGAGGCUGUUGGUGUAACUUACGGGAAUCUCCAGACACUUUCUGAUAAAUCUGCCAUGGUCACAAAGUCCUUGGAAUACCUUGGUGAAGUAUUAAAAUAUAUUAAGCCUUAUUUGGGAAAAAAAGUUUUCAGUGCAGGGCUGCAGCUGACUUAUGGAAUGAUGGGAAUUCUUGUGAAAUCAUGGGCACAAAUCUUUGCCACCUCUAAAGCCCAAAAAUUACUAUUCCGGAUCAUAGAUUGUUUACUGUUGCCACAUACAGUAUUACAGCAAGAGAAGGAACUGCCUGCACCUAUGUUGUCAGCAAUUCAGAAAAGUCUUCCUUUGUAUCUCCAGGGCAUGUGUAUCGUGUGUUGUCAAUCUCAAAAUCCGAAUACCUAUUUGAAUCAAUUGCUAGGGAAUGUUAUUGAGCAGUAUAUUGGGCGAUUUCUUCCAGCUUCACCAUAUGUUUCAGAUCUUGGACAACAUCCUGUUUUGUUGGCAUUGAGAAACACAGCCACUAUUCCACCAAUAUCAUCUCUAAAGAAAUGCAUUGUACAAGUCAUAAGGAAAUCCUAUCUUGAGUAUAAGGGGUCCUCACCUCCUCCUCGCUUAGCAUCCAUUCUGGCCUUCAUCCUCCAACUCUUCAAGGAAACUAACACAGACAUUUAUGAAGUUGAACUACUCCUCCCUGGCAUUUUAAAAUGCUUGGUGUUAGUCAGUGAACCACAAGUUAAAAGGCUGGCCACAGAGAACCUGCAAUACAUGGUAAAAGCCUGCCAAGUGAGGUCAGAAGAAGAACCUUCCGCCCAGCUGACUUCUGUGUUUAGGCAGUUUAUCCAGGAUUAUGGUAUGAGGUACUAUUAUCAGGUUUACAGCAUUUUAGAAACAGUAGCAACAUUGGACCAGCAGGUUGUCAUCCACUUGAUUUCUACCCUCACUCAGUCUCUGAAGGAUUCAGAGCAGAAAUGGGGACUUGGCAGGAAUAUAGCACAAAGGGAAGCCUAUAGCAAACUUUUGUCUCACCUUGGACAGAUGGGACAAGAUGAGAUGCAGAGACUGGAAAAUGAUAAUACUUAAUAUAUUUUGUGAUUCAUCCUAUUGAUUAUCGGUAUUAUCAGUAUCUAAAGCCACAUUGUUCCACUCCAAUUCCUACUUUUAAUUAAUUGUAUAAUGUUCUGUUUAAAAUAAUUUCUGGAGUUUUUUUCCUUUUAUAUCUGUAAGUAAAAAAUGUAUAAAUAAGGAACUGAAUGUUAAUUAGCAACUAUGUAAUAGGAUCCUUGGAACUUUUUACAAAACUGCAUUCUACCUUGAUGAAAUUUUAGUUAAACUAAAUUAAAGAAACUUUCUGAGAGUGUUUUCUGUGUAUGAGUAUUAAGCAGAUACUUCAUCCAUACUUUUUGUUGUAAUAUGACUUCCUACCUCCCUGCCUUGUGACUGAUUUGUCAUGUUUAUUUUUUAUUUUUACAAUAAUAGUUAUGUUUUAAAAUGAUACUUUUUCAAAGUACCUGGCUACGCUAUACUGUGUUUUUGGUGGGGGAAAGGCGUUGGGAAAUGUGACUGUAUAUUUUUCUUUUUUAUAUGUGUGAGGCAAGUUAACAAAGAAAACCCUUACAAAGCACACUUAACUGUGUUAGGAAUGAGACUGAAUCUGGCUGAAGGAUUAUACAGCUGAUAUCCAAAAAGAAGUGUAAACAUGCCAACAGGGUUUAUAUUUAGGUUCCAAGAGUUGCCAAAUUUUUUCUUUAUUCAUCCUUUCUUUUGGAGUUGUCAUUUAAAAAAAAAUCAUAUCAGGAGGAGGAAAUAAAGGAGACUUUAAGAGGAGAAUGAAUAAAAAUAUUCUAGAAAAGUAAUAAUAGUGGUCUGAGAAGUCAGCUGAUCUAUCUUCUUGCUCUUUAGCCAUAGCUUCUUAUAACUUAGCAUUUUAUCCAAGAAACCUGUUUAGUUUCCUUUAACAACAUUGUUUCCCAACUUUUGAACUCUUACCUUAUCCAGAUUGUUUUACCAGUUGCAGCUUGUCCUUGACACCUUUUCCUAUUGAGCAUUAUUUGGUUGAAAGAGCUCCAGUCCUAGUUUUGGGAACCCACCUGGGUCUCAAACUCAGCUUUGCUUUAUGAUCUUGAGCUAGUUACGUAACCUUUCUCCGUCUAGUUUCUUCAUGGAGAAAAAAAGAAGAAUCCCUUUACUAUUUGACAAUGUUAUUGUGAGAAUCAAUGGGAUAAUGUACGUGAAAAUAUUUGGUGGCCCAAAUUCUGUUGGAAAAUGUACAGACAUGAUUAGUUUAUUACUCAUGCACAAUUAAGGCAAAGAACACCUCAGUUUUAUCUUUCUCUAAUGAUAUGUCCCAGAUGAAUGAUCCCACUUUCCAAUGUUCUCUUACAUCAUGUUUUCUAACUUUGAAAUACUUUGUUUCCUUCUUGGGAUUAUAGUCUUUAUCAUGGUUCUACUCUUCCUUCAAGAAAACAUUUCAACCCUUCUCUGGCUCAAGGAGUAUCUUUAAAAAUGAAAUACUUUGCAAUCAGCAUUCUGUAGUUAAUAGCUUUCUCUUAAUUGUAAUCUGUGAAAUCCAAAGGAGUAUCUGUUACUUUCAUAACAUAUAGAUGGUCCUCUCAAAUCAACUUCAUCAAAGGGAAUAAAUGAAACCUUAAGGCUGCUUAAUAGACUUCAUAACACUGAAUUUCUUUUCAUCAUGAUAGUGACUUACUAAACAAAUAAUGUAUGGCUUGGAAAGUUCCAGCAGUUACUAAGGAGUUUUAUCUAUUUAAGGUGAUGCCUUUAAAGAGGUUAUUUAUGUGUAUAUGUGUGUGUGUGUAUAUGUAUGUGGGUUUUUUUUUUCCAAAGGAGAUUGAUAAAGAUAUCUUUGAGAAUCUUGCUCCUUAGAGUAUGAAAUGUUUAAAGGAUAGGAAAAGCUGCUACUGAAUCAUGCUUCAGGACAUAUAUCUGUAGAUACUAAGAAUAACUAAAAUUUGUACCUAAGAAUGGUAACAACAAAGUCUGUAACAAUAUGUGUGUGUAUUAUAUGUUUUGUAUUUAUGUAUAAGUAACUUUUUUAAAGCUUUUUUUUAAAUUGAA